GGGAAAUAUUUUCACGUAACUGUCCUUUCCUUCAUUGAACGUUUCCUUCGCACAGGAUUAUACACGGCUUUGUUUGGCUAAAACUAACAUACAGUAACAGUACGCAAUGAGAGUAAUUGAAAUGGCUGCAAUCUGAUUGGCUCAUUCGCUCAGCAAAGGAAGCUAACUAUUCUGCCCACCCACUGUUUGCAGCUAUGAAGCCUUUGCAUCACUUACUUCCUCCCACUUAGAAGAAUAUUAAAAGCGAGCGCACAUGGCAGCUAAUGACUAUCGUGUUUACCUGCGGAACUCUACCGACAUGGAGAGCGGUCAGGCGCGCUUCCACCCAGCCCAGGGUGCAGAACCAACGUGCAGACCCCUUGUUUUUGGAACGCUCGUUGUUAUGGGAUUGCUUCAAAUCGUAUCGAGUGUAGCAAUCUUGCUACACUUAACAGGUUAUCUACACGAGGUAGACUUCUCCUCAGUGCAGCAGAGACCUGCAGAGGAAGCGGAGACUGGGCCCGUGCUGGCCGAUGCGCUCAAAGACCACAGGAAAAGGGAUCGGUCCAGAUGCCCCAAAAGCCAGAAGGACCUCAUACCAGCUGCCCAUCUGCCUAUCAAAGCUCCCAUCGAUUACGUCCAGAAAGGAGAGGUGGAGGCCCGAAUGAUCCAGUGGAACGAAGCCCAAGGUCAGCUGUACAAGAUCAGGUACCACGACGGGCGCAUCCUGGUGCAGGAGGGGGGCCUGUACUUCGUGUACGCCCAGACCUGCUUCCGCCUGUACGAGCCGGAGGCGGAGGGGGUGCCCGAGGUCAACGCGCAGCUCAUCCAGUACGUGUACCACGAGAAGUACACGCAGACCACCAAGCCCAUGGUGCUGAUGAAGACGGGCAGCACCAAGCGCUGGCGUAGCCCCGACUACCACAUGUACUGCGCUCAGCAAGGCCGGCUCUUCCGCCUGAGGGAGGGCGACGGCCUCCACGUCAACGUCUCCAACUCCUGGCUGCUGGACCCCGACUCGGAGGGCAGCUACUUCGGGGUCUUCAAGACCAGCAACUGAAACGUACCCCCCCCUCCCCCCGCUACUGAACUGUGUGCACACCAGCCCUCGAUAAAGAACCACUGAGCACUUACUCGCAGGAAUACUGACUGUUUUUAUUUUUAUUGUUUUAAUAACGGUGAUAUUAAUGUUCAUCAUUUCGAAACUUAAUAAUGAACAUCCCUUAUAAUGUCAGUAAAAAAAUAAAUGUUUUUAGUUUUGAUUGUAAAGGUUUAAGUUGGAAUUGACAGAUUGUAAUUACCUGCUAAUGAAAUGGUUCAAACCCAGUGCAGUUUUAAAGAAAAUGUCUUUUGCUUAUUUAAAAUGUUAAAUAAUUGCUAAACGUGCUGGGUUUGUAAAGUUUUUAUAUGAUUUCCCUACAAGUUGCAGUGUGGCAUGACAGUGUCUUCUCACAUUUGAGAUUCUUGCCUUUGCGCAAUUCAAGAGAGCAAAACUCCAAAUAUGCGUUUUCUAUCUAUAGUGAGUAAUUUUAUCCUACAGACCUUUUUAUUCUGCUUUUUAAUUUAUUAUUUUUGUGUGCGUGUUUUUACAGUUUAGACAAACAUUUUUUCAUCAUGAAAAAGACUGCUCUCUGUGUUUGAAUGUAGACUGGCAUUCACUUGCCCUACACAUCUCAUGGUAGGUCAUUGUAGUUGUGCAGGUUUUUUUUUUCUUCUUGGUUCCAGAAAACAUUGAAGGGAUUAUGUCUAAUGCUCCAUCAAAGAUUUGGAGUGAAGUCUGUUGAAGACAUGAAGCAAAUGGCCAUGUUGUUUCCUCUGUAGUUGGUUUGAAUAAGCAUGAAUGUAUGAUGGUAAACAGGAAUAAGCAUGAAUGUAUGAUGGUAAACAGAAUCAGUGCCGUGAAAGGACACUCCCCUAGAGAAACGGUUUGAUAAGUUGCUCUUUCCCGGAGGCUUUUUGUGGCGAGACAGCGAAUCUGUUUUCACCAAGCUUCCGGGACGGCUUCCAGAACAGCUACAACUGUGCAAUCCUGAAUUAGGGUUUGAUUCUGAGAUACGAGGCCGCCGUGAUCUGGGAGAGUAGAGCAGUAGUCAUCAUUUUAAAAAAAGAGGAGGGGGGGGAGUGUGCCUCUAGGAGCCUUGGACACCCUGAAGAUGAUUUGGUUCCCUCCUUUAGACAUAAAGCAACUUGUGAAUCAACUGCACUGAAGGAACCAGGUGUAAAAAAAGAAAAAGAAAAAAAGCUUAUGCUUGUGAAAUAGCAGGGAAGGCACCCUAUAACUCUUUUUUAUUAACUCUUAAAGUUUACUUUGUCCCGAAAUCUUCAAUAAUGCAUCCAUAUAAUCUACUGUAUACCUUAUGUCAGGGGGGUUUGAGGUGUGCUUUCUCAAGGCAUGUACCACAGAUUGGAAAAGGUAGGAGAGAGAAGGGUUGUACAACCUUCAAACGUACAUGAAAGUAAGUAAAGUUCAACAGUAACCUUAAAAACUGAAGAAUGAGAACAUUCUUUAAACCGAUGUAAACCGGUCUGAACAGACAUGGUUACUUGCAGGAAAUGCAGUAUUAUGGCUCUUGGGGUUCAGGUAAAAAAAAAGGGGGGGGGGGGGGGGUCACGCCUUCAUGCAGGUUAAGUUUAUUAUGUUUCCCAGAAUACAUCUGAAUGGCGUGUUUCCAUGGAGUGCAUUUUAGGUUAUUAGGUUAUCUGACAAAUUCAACAAGGAAACUGUGGCCCCCACGGGGAAGUAGAACAGAUAUCUCUGUGGUACAGGGCCGGGAGGCCGACCUCAGACCGGGGGGUCUAUAUUCAAACUUCUGUGCCCCCCCCCCACCCCCCCCCCAUCACCACACACCUAAAGCAUUUCUUCUUUCCUGGGUUCCUCCCUCCUGAAAUGUUUUUGUUUAUAAAUAGUGCGCUUUGAGCAUGUUUAAAGGAAAAGAAACUGAAGAUAGCUGGACUGUCUGUCUGUCAUUGAGAGAACUGCCGAUCUCGACUAAGUUGUGGUGGAACCGGACUGCGUCUGGUGCACCUUUUAAUUUAAAAUAAAAAAAGUUCCUUUCCUCCUUACUUUAGCGGAGGAAAGAGAGAAAAUGCACUAAAUGAAUUUAUUUAUUUGGUAUGAAUAGCAUAAUUCAGUGGCAGUUCAUCUGUUUCAAAACAUGAAUGUGUGUUUAAUGUGUGUAGUCCUUUGUUUUGUAGUUUUGGGCAGAUAAGCUGCUCCUAGCUGUGGCUGUACUGUAGAUCUUCCACGCUUUUUCACCAACACACCGGUGCUCCUUUCUCCUCGCUGAAACGGAGCAGUUUCUCGACACAGAAACUGCUGGAUUUGUAUAUUUUCUUGUUGACAAUUUUGUGUGCAAAUGCCUAAAGCAGAAGAUUAUGUUAGUUGGGAAGGAUUUCAAGUUACAUUCUCAAAAACAAUAUGUUUUGUGUCCUUGUUAUUUAUAUCACUUUAAGUAAUAAAGUAAGUACUUUUCUAAA